GAACCUGACAUGAAUAGCUGUUCUGUUCGGAGGCUCACUGGCAUGGCUUCGGUGGCGCGCUUUUGCUUGGUGCUCUGGCGCUGCGACAGCGGGAGCCACAGCAUCGGGUCGAGUAGGAGGAGACAAGCUCUGAUUGAGCCUUUCUCCGAGAGGAGCCUGCACACGCAUUCAGUGAGAUCACAUCCUUACGAGCCUAGCAUUGCGGUUGCCAACGAUACGGCAGUAUUCCUUGCUCAACCGUUCCCAGAUUUCCGACGCAUGGAUCCUGUUUAGGAUAUAUCGUUACGUGUUGUUAAAUCUGGAAGCCGUUUUGGUUUCUGUUUCUGUCUUUUCUGAAAUCGUAGCCAGAAUGUCAGCUCACAGUAUGUAAGUAUGGGCCGCACUUAGCGAAUCCCCCAUCUCGGUGGGCUCACAUUUUGUUGUCUUUGCUUUUCGGAAUUACCCCUCGAGCGGCUACAGUGUCUCAGACGAAGUCCUGUAACAAUGUGGGGGAGAAACGAUUUCGAAGAUGGAUUUGAUGCCUUUAAAACAGGCUCCAAUACAUCCUCACCUGGAUGGGUACCCGGCUGCGAGUCAGCAUGGCAGACCGGCACGGUCACCACCGGCAGCAGUAACCGCGGAAGACGCCAUAGCACAGCCUCGGAUAGUGGCGACACCGGAAUUGGCACAUCUUGUUCUGACAGUGUAGAAGAUCACUCCAGCUCCAGCACCACGCUCUCCUACCAGCACUUGCGCAGCGGCAUCAGUGGCGGCAGUGGGCCCGGCGGCAGCGCCGGCUCUAUCCCCACGGCCCACGUCAUGCCUUCCACGUCCUCGUCCUCCUGCGUCAAGCUGGGGGUCCCCGGCCUGCUCCUCUCCUCCUCGUCCGUCUCCACUGUCUCCUCCUCCCUGGGCGUGGGCGGCUGCGGGGGCGUGGGUGGCAGCGGGUGCGGCGGCCCGGGAAGCGGCAUCAGCCCCUGGGGCAGCAGCGGGCAGCUCCCUGCGUCCGCGUCCCCGUCGCCCCACCGCUCGCCCCUGGACAUGCGGGACCCGCGGCCCGUCCGCCGCUGGUCCUCCCUCACCCGGCUCGGUGGCGGCGGCGGCGGUGAAAAACCCGGGGCCGGAGGCGGGAUGGCGUCGCUGUCGAGUCGGCACGCGGGUGCCGGCGGAGGCAAUUACCGGAUCCCCGACUCGCACGGGUCCUUGGACCGAGGCCUGCUGCACGGCUACCGGCUGCACGAGUCGCAGAGCUCAGACGGCUUCCUGCUGGCGCGCUACGAGGCGCAGCCGGCCGGCGGGGGCGGGGGCGGGGGCGGGGGCGGCAGUGGCAGCUGCAGCCGGACAGACUCGUGCAGGUCGUCCCCGCUCAAGCCCAGCACCCUGGACCUCAACUACAGCGCCCUUCCCGAGAGCAAGCCCAACCCGGGGCUCGCCAGCCCGGGCCUGCAGGGCGGACAGAGGGGGGGAGGGGGUGGAGGCGUGGGUGGUGUGGGGUUUGGGGGGAGCGGGGUCGGGGUGAGUGUCGGCGGGUCGCCGAUCCAGCCGGCGGUGCGGACUCAGAUGUGGCUGAGCGAGCAGAUGGAGUACCGGCCCGGCCCCGACGGCUGUGGACUGGGGCUGGGCGCCUGGCAACAGGAGCAGCUGCAGAGGGAGAGGAUGAGGCAGGAGGCGGAGUACACACAGAUGCUAGGUGGCUCUCCACUGCCUGUCAACACGCUGGUGAAGAUCAAAGAGGGGCUGCUCCGACAGAGAGAGCUGGAGAUUGACAGGCAAAAGCAGCAGAUCCUGCAACUACAUGGCAGAAUCCGGGAGAAUGAGCUGAGAGCGCAGCAGGUCCUCCACAAUCAAAGGGGGCGCUGUGACGAUCCCUACAUCCUGAAAACAAAGGAGUGUGUGUGCGACAGCAGCCCUGUGGCCCAGCAGCCGGCGCUGGAGCGGCUCAGCCCGCUGUGCGGGUCGGGCCCCGAGGGCGGGGAACUGGGCCGGAGGCUGGCGGCGGCCGAGCUGGAGGCGCUCCACCUGAGCGAGUUCCUGCGGCAGAACACACAGAAGUACACGGACGACAUCAAGAAGCUGGAGGACAAGAUGAAGACGCGCGACCGCUACAUUAGCAGCCUGAAGAAGAAGUGUCAGCGGGAGCAGGAGCAGAACCUGGAGAAGCAGCAGCGCAUCGAGACGCUGGAGAAGUACCUGGCAGACCUGCCCUCUCUCGACGACGUGCAGAGCCAAGCCCAGCAGCUGGAGGAGGUGCGGGGGACGGCCGAGGCGCUGCAGGAGCGCGUGAGCGAGCUGGAGCGGAGACUGGAGGAGAGCCAGACGCUCCUGCAGGAGAAGGAGGAGCAUAUGAUCGUGCAGGCCCGCCGAGAGCAGGAGCUGCUGGCCACCGUCCAGAGUUUGACUGAGAAGGUGGAGCAGUGUCUGGAGGAUGGGGUGCGCUUACCCAUGAUGGACCUGAGACAGCUGGAGAGGGUGAACACACAGCUGCAGGAGCAGCACACACACAGCAGCGUGCUUAUUGACAAUCAGAAGAAGCAGAUAGAGAAGCUCACAGUAGAGCUUUCGACGGUGGAGCAGGGCUUGCAGCAGGAGCAGAGUGUGUCUCAGGCAUUGCGAGAGCAGCUUCAGGAAAAAGACGAGGACCUGCAGACCCUCAACAAAACCCUGCAGGAGAACCAGAAGCAGGUGGGCGAGGGGUGUGUGUUGCGGCCGAGCCCCGGGGGCGCGGUGCAGGAGGCCGGGCCUCUGCUGAAGGAGAUGUCCCUGUGUCUGCUGGACCUCAAGGCCCUCUGCAACAUCCUCACCCACCGCGCCCAAGGCAAGGAGCCCAACCUCACACUGCUGCUGGGAAUCAAAUCGAUGGGUGUGUCUGGUGAGGAGAUUGAGUCUCCGGAGGAGGACGGCCUGCGGGCCAAGCUGCGUGAGGUGUGCCAGCUGCGCAAGGACAUCGACGACCUGCGCACACUCAUCUCCGACCGCUACGCCCAGGACAUGGGGGACAACUGCGUCACGCAGUGACCACCGCCCAUCCUCCUCACCUCUCUCAUUUCGCCGCCUCCUCCUCCAUCCACAUCCACUCUCCCCCUUAUCCUCAGGGUGUUAUUUUUGUUCUGUUUUGUUUAGUUUUGUGGAUCAGAUCAACAUACAAAGACAUCUAAUCCAAAGAAGGGAAAUAAAAAGGAAUACCCAGAGAGAGAAAGCAAGCAGAGAGAGGCUCUCCUUCAUGUCCACUGUAGAUUGUGACAGAUGGACCGUUUCUCCCGACUACUGAAUGUUGGACCAAGCUGUGAACCAAGCUUUUUUGAAAGUUUCACAAAGGGACGUCGCGCUUUAGCUUUUCCACUUGGGAUCUGGAGGAGAAAAGGGUUCAUAUGUCGCCCCUUUCAUGGCUUGCGAUGGGAAUGUGUGUGUUUUUUCAGUUUAGUUUUGUUCUGUAAGGAAUAUGAAGUUGUACAGUAUUUCUGCCUGUUUUUUAUUAGUAUUUCUGUUUUACAUCUGACUCUUAUUUAUUGAUACUUAGGGAUUCGUUAUACUCAUGGGUGGUGAGUGUUUGAUCCCACCCAGUCUGUCUGUGAAGAAACUGAAAUAUGGGAAAUGUUGUCCUUAAUAAAUGCAGUCUCACUGGCCAUUAGGGAAACACACCAGUGCUGUUCUGUAAAGUGCCUCACAAAGUCAAAGUCCUCUUAUCCCUCCAUCUCACUAUCUGUCGUCCACUGAGGAAAACUGUCGUCAUGGUUUCCCCUUCCAUAACAUUCUUACUCCUCUCGUGUUGACACUCGCUGGUCGAUGUGGCAACAUGUCUCUCUUAGUCUUAGACUUAGUCACUCUCUCCUUCCGCCAUGGCUGGCCACUCUGGGGUAUGUGAGAUUCAAUAGUCGUGUUCGCAUAAAAGGGAAAGCAAACACAGGAAAGCAAAAACGUUCAGACAGAGGUUAUGCCCAUGCUCUAUGACAUUAGCAGUAAGCCAACUCUGCUGAACACCAGGUCUUUUGUAAAAAGAAAUAAAUAUUAUUUCGGAUAGUGUGUUAGUACCAAUAAUCAGGAAAUGUUUUAGUGAUUAUAUAAAUAGCUUUGGUUACAAAAAAUGAUAGUAAUGCUUUGGAUUGCUGGUAUCCAUUUUGUAUUCCAAAGACAUCUGUUGAGGAAAUAAGUCUAUGAGGAAAAAAAACAAUUCUGAACAAUUCUUUCAGAUGUGUUUGUUGCGAUGACCUUGAUGGUCACACUGAAAAAAUAAUCAUGAGGUCAUUGUUGCACAGCGCUCUCGGUGUAACUGUGGAUGUAUACCUUUUGUUUUGUAACGACGACCAUGUCGCCUAGCAAUGCAAAAUAUUGAUAUAUGUUUUGUUUCCUCAGGUAUUUUAAAUAGACAGUAUUAUCUGCACCUGUUUUGGUGUUCUACAACUGAGAUGAGUUUAACUGUAAAGAUUUUUAUGUUUACUUUUUUUGUACUUAACCGUAAACUUACUCUACAUUACAAGUUGCACGGCACUUCAGCUAAAACAUCUGGAGAUAGUGUGAUAAAACAUCUGGAGAUAGUGUGAUACAUUUUAGGGCAAAGUCCUACAGCCCACAAUACAGUUGUGUCCGUCAGUGAAAUAAGAUAAUUUAUUAUUAUAAUUUUUUUUAGAUUUGGUCAUGACAACCUUUUGCGUAAUUCUUAAUUGUUGUUUUGCAAACGUGAUGAAUGUCAUGCAUUUUGAUGUUUAAUUUGUGUUUUCAAGACCUAUUAAGGUAGUGUACUGUUGUAUUUACAUAGCAAUAGGAAUGGCCCUUCUCCGGCUUCUUUUGCAUGUUUUGAUGAAUGUUCUCCAAAACAAAAUGACGUUCUCGAAGAAAAACAAAAUGUUACUGUGCAUGUUCUUGUAAACCAGUGCUGUGCUUUUAGUGUCAAACUGAUUGUAAAGACGGAACCAGAUUUGGACUCAUGUUGAGGAAAAAGGGACUUCACAACGCAAAGCGUCUCUCACACACACACACACACACACACACACAACUGUACCGUGCUAUGCAACUUCACGUUUACCAGCGAAUGUCAGAGAAGAUGGGUUAGCUUUUUUUGGUGCCUUUCACAAAUCUAUGCAGCAGACACAAACUUCCAACCCCACAAACUGACAUGGCUAUAAAUAUAUUGAGUUAUGUAACUAAACGUAUUGAGUUAAUCAGGUAUUUACCACAGAGUGGAGCGCAGUCAGGCUCAUAAGUACUGUUAAGCUCCUACUACUUCUGUCGAGUAGUCAUCUGAGUUUGCUCAGUUUUACCACCUGUCUCAAGGUUUGUUCUGAUCAGAUCAUCUAUAUAUUGUUUUCCUUUUUCUCUUUCUCCAUUAAUUAUUUUUUUUUGGGAGGCAACACAUUUGCUGCUGUUAACCCCUCGUUAAAAGAAACGCCAUGAAACGUACAGCCAUAGCCACAAACAACGCAUGAGCACUCAGGUUUAUGCCGGCUGUGAUUGGGUCUAUGAUCUUGUGUGGAACAUGACUUAUCUAGUCACAUGCAAAUCAGCUAUUGGAAGAAAAAGGGGUAGGGCUUCAGCAUCAGGUUGCUAUUGCCGACUCGCUGCACUGUGGACUGACUAUAAGCCACUGGCUGGCUUAAUUUGUUUUUCUUCUCACAUUUUUGUUUAAAUUGUAAUUUUUGUUUGUGAGGGGGGGUUUUUUCAGCUAGAUUUUAUGAAUGCCAAAGUUCUAUUUAUAUAUGAAUUUCAUAGAGUAUUAACAAGUAUUUUUCCAUUUUGUAAAGCAGGUGAUUUUUUUGGCUCUUUUAUUUGUACAGAUGGUAAAUAAAAUAUUUUUCUAAAAA